UAUUUUGCUUUCCCAUGCUGGUUUAAGGGACUUCAUUUCCCUUUGCUACCAUGGCAACCAGGAAACAACCUUUGCGGACAAAGAGAAGGAUGGUGGUGGUGUUCCAUGAAUCUCUGGAUGCACAAAUCCCGUAGCAAAGCAACCAGGACAGAACAUCAACAAGUCCUCAUAGUGGGCAGGAGAGGAAGAGGCUGUUGGGAGGGAUGGAUGAUUUGGGACUGGAAAGAUCUGAGGAGUUCUUUUUUCCGACAAAGACUCACACCGUAUAAAUUGUGGAGCAGGGCGUCAUUAAGAAGCUGCUGUAAGAGAGAGAAAAUGCCUCUAAUAAAAGGCCCAGUGUGUGAAAUUCUGGGGUUCACUGCUGACCCAAAGAAACCUUGAGGUGUGAGCAGUUUCAGUCUUCCAAAGCAAAAUGAAUGACUCCUGAAAAGAAGGGGCCGGCAAUGAAACAUGUUCACUCUCUCCCGCCUGAGCCGUGGAAAUGGGCAAGUGGUCCAGAGCAAACAGAAGAGGUUGGAGGUCUACUUGGAACCAGAGGAUUAUUUGAACUGGACACCCCAAGGCAAAGCCCUGACCAGCAAGUCUCAGGAUGGAGCACCAAUGACACGGGGGACCCUUCCUAAAACUUACAGUACCAGAAAGGGGGUCUUAAUUCUUUAUUCAGAAGACUUUGCUGAGCCAUCAUGGAAACAAGAAGACAGGAAAAAAGGGCCCCGUCCUUACCGUCGCCGUAAGAAGAAGUCAGAUUUUGUACUACAUACACUCAAGGAUCUGACAGUCGCCAUAUUGGCAUAUGGGAGUGAAGGGAAGGAUUCAAAGGACCGGGGUUGGCAACCAUACUUACAUUUCCUAAGUAAGCAGGAUAGCCAGACUGAACAACAGAUCCGUCCAGGAUAUUCAGCCAAGAGGUACCUCCUCAGCCUUUUUCAAAAUUGGACAACGGGCACUUUGUACAAGCUCCAGUGUUCAGGGUUUAUCAGGGACCCUAGGUUGUUCCAGGACAAGCGGCUUUACUUGCCAAAUCACAUCAGGAGGCAACAGGAUCUCUCAGCUGUACCAUCAAAUACCAUCCUCCUGCCUGUUUACCCUUCAGUCUCUCCUUUCUGGAUUCAGAAAGAACAACUGGCGGAUGAAGAUGAAAGUGACCUUGAUAAUGAGGGAUUGGAAGAGAGUGAUGCGGGGAAAGAAGGUGCCAAAGCUGAGAAACACCAGGAGGAAAAGGUCCCACUACCCCCGCUGAGACAGAAGCCUCCAGGGAAGGUCGAUUGGCUGGAGGAUGAAGCCUGUGCAGAGGAUGCAUGGAUGGAGGCUCACCAAGGAACGCCAGCUUUAAAAAAGAGCCAGGGACACCGCGGAAAGUCCCACCCACCUUUGGGGAGUGACUCUUUGUUUACUGACAUCGAAGCUUCUCAGUUCCCAAAUCAAAGAUCUCACAGUACAUUUUACGGAGGCACCUUCCCAGACAGAAAGACCUACCUCAGUGGGAACCAGAAGAUCUCCAAAAGCAGACACCAAUUUCCAGAACUUCCGGUUGAAAAAUGUGUCUUACCACCUGUUCAACCCAUCAACGCAGAGCCAAAUGUGCCUAGAAAAGUAAAGAAAAAAAAGGUGCCAAAGGCUUUGAAAUUACCCUCAAUCACAGAAGAAGCACCAAGAGCCCACGAUGCCAAGAAGAGUCAGCUCAAUGACUAUGGCAUCCCAGAGGAGCUGCUUAUCUUCACGGACUUUCAUUUGUUUGCUGAGAACCAGCCCAAAGAGAGGGACAAAAAAGGAGGGUCUUGGAAUACUGAAUGCAGAUCCGAGGCUAACAUAGAAGGGAGAUCUUUGCCAAAACUUUCUCUGAAGCACGACUCUUACUCUCAGCCACCACUGACUAUGCAUCUCCCAAAGGGCUUGGGUAGAAACUCACCACUGAUUCCAGAUAAUGAUUUUUCUCACCCACAUGCAAUUACUCAUGAAAUAAGGGAUUCAGAGACAAAGAGUAGCAAGACUGAGCAGAAAACAUCUGGUGCCAGAGAUCCCAAAGAACUUCUGGAUGAUAGAAUCAGCCGGUGUGGCCUCCCAGAAGAGCUCACAGGGAGUUCUCAGGACCCAGCACUUGGAAACAUCUUGAUGGGGCCUGCUGGAGAUAUUGUUUUCCAGCCUCUCUUGGGUUCUGUCCAAAGCACAGACCUCCCUCUUCAGCUUGACUUUGCAUCAGGUGAAGCACAUCAGUUUGUAGAUUCAAGUACCAACCUUGGUGAAGAGUGCUCAAGGGAUCAGCAUGUCAGGAAAGGAAACACUCAUUCAGAAACUAGUCUUCAUGUGAAUGCCUAUGAAACCUCAUCCUUGAUGUCAGAGUCAGCGGAAAAGGGAGCCCCUCAGUCCUUAGAGGCAGCUGUGCUGAAGACAGGGGAGUCUCAAAGUUUUAUAAAUAAAGAGCUGGAAAAUAAAAAAAGACAGGAAUAUCAGAGAAGACAAUCAAGAACCAUCACAGAAAACCAUCAACACGAUCUCGGAAAUGGAGACACUGGGCUGAAAAUUCGAAUACAGUCUAAGGAACCAUGUUCAGGUUCUGAUGUAUUUCCAGAACACCAGAGACCAACACAAGAUGCAUGUGCUCCCUUGCAUCUGCAGCCAGGGGCAAGGUCCCCUUCUGUCAUGGACACAGAGAAGUCCAUGCCUCAAGUUGAUCAAAGUUCAACAAAAGAGGUGGAGAAGCAGAGAGAUGGAACCUCUGGAUCAUUUGGCACUUCAGAGUUGGAACAAAACCUCACUCCUUGGGCAGAAACCACCAAAGAAUUAGGUGGAGAUAAUGAACUGCUGCACCUUCCCACAAGACCUCCAGGAAAUGCCCCAGCACCAUCAAAGAAGGUGGGAACUAAGAGGAAUCCUACUGAGAAACAACGUCUCUCAAGAAGUAGAAAAGGGAAAGAUGUGUCCCCAAAGCUUGGCAAAUCGGCUGCAGACAGCAUCAGCCCUGAGAGACAGAUGCCUGAGAAAACCAAAAGGAGGAAAAGAAAUGAGGUAAACAAGUCUAAGGCUCCUCCUAAUGUUGGCAAAGGAGAAAAGCCCCCAAACAAAACAGAGUUUGUCGAAGCAAAGCCAAAGAAACAAAAAAUUGAAAAGAAGACAACAUCGGUCUCCAAGAAGAAAAAGCCAAGAGCCAAGAUGAAAGAGAUGGUGCAGAAGGACACUACCCUAGAGAUAGAGUCAGAGAUAAGUAACUCUGCAGAGGACGCAUCUGAUGAAGAGGGCUCUCUCUCAAGCUAUAACUCACAGGAAUUUACACUUCCUCCAAAGUAUCAAAUUCCUGAAAGUCAAGUUUCCAGAGAUGAAAGAUUACAUGCUACCCAACCUAAAAUUGUUGCAGAAAAUAUAAGUUCUGAAAAGGACAAAAUCGCUGAUACUUCCCAGUCCCUCCCUGUCGAGGAGCAGCAGCAGCAGGAGAAAGUGUCGAGGGAAAAGAUCCUCGCCGAAAGGGCGGAGAUGAGGCUCCAGGAGGUGGAGAGGAGAAGACGGCAGAAGGAGGAGAGGAGAAGGCAGCUACAAGAAGAGCAGCAGAGGCUGGAGAAGAUGAAGGAAGAGCUAGAGCAGGAGCAGCAGAGGAGAGCCGAGGAGAAGCGCUUACAGAAACAGAGACUGGAAGAAGAACAGAAAAAACAGGAGGAGGAGGAGAGGAGGAAGCUGCAACAAGAGCAAGCAGCUCAGGCCCGUGCCAGGCAGCAGCAGGAGGAAUUCCGCAGGAAGAUGCGGGAGAUACAGAGGAAAAAGCAGGAGGAGGAAGCCAGGAGGGCAGAGGCAGAGAAGCAAAGGCAAAAGGAGUUGGAAAGACAGCUUGAGGAAGAACAGCAAAGGUUGAUGGAAAUGGCCAAGGAGGAACGUCUGAUAUAUCAGAGGAGGAAGGAAGAGGAAGAAGAGAAGGCCAGGAAGGAUGCUGAGGCAAAAAAGCUAAAAGAGGAGGAAGAGGCUCGACUGGCUUUGGAGGAGGCCAUGAAACAGGCCAAGCAACUGAAAAGGGAGAAGGCAGUUUUAGAGGCACACCAGCAGUUCAGUCAAGAGCUACUAAAGGAAGCCAAUGAACUGAAGCAUAUUCAGAGCAUUUCCCGACCAUGGGUCUACUCUUAUUUCCAGUUGUUACAAGUAUCCGGGUCUGCGACUGUUACAAAAGAGAAGUCCAUUAGAAGAAAAACCCAAAUUUCCUAAAAAGCCAAACCCUUAUGGGGAUUGGGAAGAAAUUAAACAAGAGGAUAAUCCCCAUGAGAAGAGAGAUUUGGAACUUCCAACCACAGAGGAUGAAUACGUAGGAGCUCUAGUUGCUGAUAUGAGUGGGGACCCAAAAGUGACAAAAAUACAGUCACUUCUCUUGAAGAUGUGGCAGAAGGAGUAGCUCCAGUCUUCAAAAAGAGAAGAUUUGAUAACAGAAAAUCUAGAAAUUUAAGGCAAAGAAGAGGUGAUCAAUAAUUUUAAUUUAAUAAAGUAUCUGACCUCUUUUGGACCUAUUUGGACAAGAAGAGCCUCUAACUCUGUAAGCUAUUUUUUGUUUGUUUUUCAUGGUUUGAGUACUAAGAAUGUAGAUUUAGUCUAAGUUGUACUGGAUGUAAAUUGUAAUAAAUCUAUUUUUUAAUUUUAUGUGAAAAAAAAUCCUCUAACGUUUAUUAAUACCCUACUAAAGCAUAUUUAUAUUACUAGUGAUAGGUCACUUUAAGGUACCUUCCAAGUGCUCUUGGUUCUUCCUUUAAAAAAAGGGAAAAAUAAACUCAGUCAAUUAGCAUUUAUUAAGCAUCUAUUAUGUGGAAAGAAGUGUAGCAAGACAGACCCUACUCUCAAGGAGUUCAUUGUCUAAGGUAGAAAAUGAAUUGCAAACAGCAGUUAAA